AUGGAGGAGCCGCGGCUGCUGAACGCGUCGCUGCUCUGCCGGCCCGCGAACGGCUCGUCCCACAGCGGCGCCUGGAACGGCACCGGCGGCGGCUGCGGGACUCCCCGCAGGUCCCGAGAGCUGGACCUGGCGGUGCGGGUGCUGCUCUACUCGGUGAUCUUCCUGCUGGGCCUGUGUGGGAACGCGCUGGUCAUCGCGGUGCUGGCGGUCAACAAGCGGCUGCGGACCAUCACCAACGCCUUCCUGCUCUCGCUGGCACUGAGUGACCUGAUGGUGGCGCUCUUCUGCCUGCCCUUCACCUUCAUCCCCAACGUCAUGCACACCUUCGUCUUCGGGAGGGUCGUCUGCAAGGCCGUGGCCUACCUGAUGGGGUUGUCGGUGAGCGUCUCUACCUUCAGUCUGGUGGCCAUCGCCAUCGAGCGCUACAGCGCCAUCUGCAGGCCCUUGCAGUCCCGGGUGUGGCAGACCCACUCCCACGCCUACCGGGUCAUCGCCGCCACCUGGGUGCUCUCGGCGCUGCUGAUGCUGCCCUACCCGGUGUACACCACCACUCAGCCUGUGCGCGACCAUGCCCACCUCACCCAGUGCAUCCACAACUGGCCUGGGCACCACGUCAGCCAGACCUGGUAUGUGCUGCUGGUCAUCACACUCUUCCUCGUCCCGGGGCUGGUCAUGAUCGUGGCUUAUGGACUGAUUUCCUCCGAGCUCUACAGGGGGAUCCAGUUUGAGAUGGAUCUCUCCCGUGAGGCCCAAGCUCGGCCAAACGGGGCCACCACGGAGCUCCUGGCCACCAGUGACGAGGGCGACGGCUGCUACGUCCAGGUGCCCCAGCCCGCCGACAGCCCGAUGGAGCUGCCGGCCAUGAGCCCGGAGGACGGCGCCAAGCAGGAGCGGGCACGCAUCAACACCUCCGAGGCCAAACUGCUGGCCAAGAAGCGGGUCAUCCGGAUGCUGGUGGUGAUUGUGGCGCUCUUCUUUGGGUGCUGGCUGCCCAUCUACGUGGCCAACAUCUGGCGGGCCUUCGACCCCAAGGCCGCCCAUCAGGCUCUCUCAGGGACCCCCAUCUCCUUCAUCCACCUGCUCUCCUACGCUUCCACCUGCGUCAACCCCUUCAUCUACUGCUUCAUGAACAAGCGUUUCCGCCAGGCCUUCGCCACCACCUUCGCCUGCUGCGCCACGCCCUGCUGGCCCCGGAGAUGUCGUGCCCACGAGGAGGAGGCCACUGCCACCGGGGCUUCCUUCUCCAGGUUCAGCUACACCACGGUCAGCAGCAUCGCCCCCGCCGAGCACUGA